AAUUUAAGAGAAAGGUAUUUUCAACAUUUAAAUACUAUUUCGUCAAUAAAAAAAGACAACCAAAAAUACAAUCAAAAUAUAUAUUAAAACUCUAGCUAGAUAUAAUUAAGAAAUAGUUGUAUUAAUGAAAUUUUAUAUUGGAUAUUUAAUUGCAAUACAUGUUAAUUUUCUAUUUAUAAGAUAUAUUGUUUUUUAAAAUAAAUAAUUUGGAGAUAUGUGAAGAGAUCAAAGGGGUGGUAAUUAGUAUUAAUUGACAAUACUUCACUUACCCAUGAUCAAUUAUAACAGUUGUUGUAAUUAACUCAGCAGGAGUGAUAAUUAAACCAUCAAACUGUGGAGAACUUAACAAGGGGGUCAAACAAACCUACCUGUGUCCCACUUCCUUUGAUCUCAGUAGGAUAAUGACCUCAUUUAAAGUCUCAAAAUUUACCUAAUGAAAAAGAGUAACUCCUGAUGCAUGGAUGAUAUAUAAGGGGGAACUUGCAGGGCAUUUCAUUACAACUCUCUUCUUCAAACCAUUCAAUAUAAUACUGUCAAUAUACUCAAAACCAUGGAUGUUAAGACCAGUGCACAACUCCUACAGAGACACCUGAUUCAUCACGAGAAGGCCAAGGCCCAGGUCAAACUCAUAGAGCGACAGAUUAAGAGACAAUAUCGACUGGCAGUGCGCACUGUUCUCAAGGGUCACAAGGGACAGUCCCUUCACUACAUGGGAAUCAUGACCGUUCUACAGUCCGUCCGACACUUCUACCAGCGCUAUUCCCACAGGAGCUGGCUGAACGUCCAGAUGCUGGCCCGCAUUAUCAUGCAGACCAUGGACCCCUGCCGCAUGCUCCCUCCCCUAGAGAUCCCAGAGGACAACUUCCAGUGCGAGAGUGGUCAGUCAGAGAAGUACCAGCAUGCUCUAGUGGUGGCCCAUUGUAACUUCUCCAGGGCCAGUUAGUGACAUCCCAGUUGUUGCUACCUUGUGAUAUUGUGUUUGUGAUAUUCUAGUGAUUUUCAUUGUGUGACAGUGUUAUAUUCUGACAUUGUGUGUUAAAUAAGACUCAAAUUUUUAAAUGGCUUUCAAGAAUAAGGACCUCUUGAUAGGCUAAAAAGAUAUCCAAACUUUCAUCUGAUGUUUUAUUGUGUCCUUUUGUGUAAACAAUGAUAUUAUUUCAUGUGCUCCUCUGUGCUGAACCAUUUGUAUAUUCUAUUCAAAAUGUGAAAGUGCUUACAUGUUAUAGAAACUAAUAAAUUAUAACCAUAAUCAAUUUUAUAGUCUUCUUUAUAAAAAAAAAAAAAGCAAUAGAGAAAAAUUGAUUUUGGUGACAAGAUAAAACCAAAACCUAAUAUCCCAAAUAUGCAAUCUAAAAUGCCUAGUAUAUGUUAUAUGGGUCUUAAAGGGGCAUGGUCACGAAGUUCAUCAAAUUUUAUUUUUCUAUUUUCAGUGUUUACAAUGCUAUUUCGUUUAAAACAUAAAAAAAAACCAUUUCCUGAUAUUUGUGACAUUCAUUUUAGGUCGAAGUCCCUUUUAAUG